AUGCCCAUGUCCACACUCCGCGAAGCCAUCCAAGCCGAGACCAACAUCGCACCCACCUCCCAACACCUCUACCACAACGGUCGCUUGAUCCAAGAUGACACUCAGACGAUGGAACAGUUGCAGAUUGCCGACGGCGAGAUGUUGGCGCUACACGUGAGGGACAUGCAAGGAACCACUGGCUUGCCGGACCAGAGCAGAAGGGCACCGCAGCAGCGCCGGCGACCAGGAGGACAAGACCCAGAGCUCAUUCGCCUUCAGAUCCUGGGCGAUCCAAACUUACGUGCCGAAGCCACCCGCCAGCAGCCCCAGCUCGCCGCCGUUCUCGAUGAUCCCCAGAGAUUUGCCCAGCUUUUCAACCAGAGCUACGACCGUGAGCAGCGGGAACGCGAAGAGCGGCAGAGGCAGAUUGCCCGUCUGAACGAGGACCCCUUUGACAUCGAGGCUCAGCAGAAGAUUGAAGAGAUGAUUCGUCAAGAGAGAGUCAUGGAAAACCUCCAAAACGCCAUGGAGCACAACCCUGAAGUAUUCGGACGAGUGCACAUGCUGUAUGUCGAUGUCGAGGUGAACGGCCACAGAGUAAAGGCGUUGGUCGAUUCUGGAGCACAGGCAACCAUCAUGUCCCCUUCAUGUGCCGAAGCCUGCGGUAUCAUGAGACUCGUAGACAAGCGGUUUGCGGGUGUGGCUCGUGGUGUAGGCACAGCCAACAUCAUCGGACGCGUACACUCUGCCCAGAUCAAGGUCGGCACCAUGUUCCUGCCUUGCAGUUUCACCGUCAUGGAGGGCAAGCAGGUCGAGCUUCUCCUUGGCCUCGACAUGCUUAAGCGCUACCAAGCCAGCAUUGACUUGGCCAAGGACAAGCUGAUCAUUCAGGGCGAGGAGGUGUCGUUCUUGGGCGAAGCGGAGAUUCCCAAGGAGAGCGAGGAGGCUCUGGAGGAAGAACCCAGAUUACCUGGCCCAGCUGGAACGACCAUUGGUCAGCGCUCCGGUGUUGUCAGUGGUCCCGAAGGCGCUGCUGCCGCCGCGCCGACGCAGCAAACCCUUCCACAAGGUCGGCCAGCACCUCAGCAGCAGCAGCAGCAGCCAGCGGCGCCAACUUUCCCGGAAGAGCAUAUCAACCAGCUCAUGGCUCUGGGUUUCCCUCGUGAAGCCGCGAUCAAUGCUUUGCAAGCUACAGGUGGCAAUGUCGAGUUCGCAGCCGGUCUCUUAUUCGGGGCAUAG